AGGAAGACGGGGAGACCAGUCGUGAGUGCUAGGGAAGAAAUGUUGGCAGGGAGGGGAGUUAAUAUAUGGGUAGGACUCAUUCACUUGUUGCUCCCAUUAGGAGGUACCAUUUCAUCUCAUCUGGCUUUUGCAGUCAGAGAAAAAAGAGUCCUCACAACAAUCAUAACAAGUAUAAUGGGGAGACAGCCCUGUUGUGACAAGGUUGGAUUGAAGAAAGGACCCUGGACUGCAGAAGAAGACCAGAAGCUCAUUACUUUCAUUCUCAACAAUGGCCAUUGCUGUUGGCGUGCUGUUCCAAAGCUUGCUGGUCUGCUUCGAUGUGGGAAAAGCUGCAGAUUGAGGUGGACUAAUUACCUUCGGCCUGACUUGAAGCGGGGAGUUCUCUCUGAGUCUGAAGAGCAGCUCAUCAUUGAUCUUCAUGCCCACCUUGGUAACAGAUGGUCCAAGAUUGCUUCACAUUUGCCUGGGCGUACAGACAAUGAGAUAAAAAAUUACUGGAACACCCACAUCAAGAAAAAGCUCAAACGCAUGGGAAUCGAUCCCAUGACCCACCGACCAAUUUCUGAUCAAGUAUCUGACAUGACUUACAAUCCCACAGAAAGCAAGACAUUUCCUACUGUUUUGGGUACAGAGGAGUACUUAGCACCCCAAUUAGACUUAAAUCCUUACAAUAAUGAGGACAUGGCCAGAAUAAAUAACAAUUAUAACAAUGAUGCUACGAAGGAAGCCUCCAGUCGGUCUAAUGAGUCAGAAUUGACAGAGGAAGAGAAGAGCGUUGACAGUCUGAAGGAGGCAGGGCAGCUUAGUGCAUCAGAAGGUUAUGGGUUCGAACCUAGCGUGGAAUUGUUAUCUGCAGCUGAAGCCCAGAACUUUGAAAACUUUGUGGGAACAUCCCCAUGUUUAGAUUUCCUCAAUGGCAAUUCACCACUGUUCCAUCCACAGGAGUCGCCAUUGUUGAGGGUACCUGAAGAAGAGGGGUUGUUGGAAAUUUCAAAUGAUAUUAUUGAUUGUGCAAACAUUCAAGAUGGCAAUUCUUCAGAAUUGAUCAAAGAUGAAUAUACUGUUGAAUCUUGUUUAUCAUCAUUUGAUUAUAACAGGGAAAUUCAAACACCCAUUUGCUCUUCAGCAGCAGAAAUUCAAUGGACACCCGACAUGCUGGUCACAGAGUCACUUCUUCCUAGUCCUACACCUGAAACCAACAUGCAAGCAUCCUUAUGGCAACAAGAUUCAGAUGACGCAUUUCCUGGAUGGGAUGGAGAUAUAUUGGACCAUGACAUCAAUAUUGCCAACUGUUGUUUUUCUAGUGCUUUUUACUAAAAUUAUAAGUUGGGUAGAGGGGAAGCUACAUGAAAAAGUAGCACCAGAUGAGAUGUUGUAAAUAUAGAAUCUAUAGAAUCAUCCACAGGCAUUUAGUUUCAUUAAACAGGAUGAGAAAAUUGCCAAUGGGUUUGUUCUUUUGCAGUUUAAGAAUCUGGAUUUGUCUGUAAGUCUGUUGUACUAUGUAGAUAUCUUUACACAGGGCAUAGAAAUGUAAGCCCCUAGUCUAAUUCGGUGGCCUGGCAGCCAUGGCCAUUAUUCACAUCUAGAUAACAGUAUUGGUUUGGUUACAAUAAUAAGACCAUAGCAUUAUGGGUUCUUCAGUCCAAGGAUUGUUCAGUAAACA